AUGGAUGACGAGGAAUUUCCGUUCGCCCAUAUUCAGGAUGUCCUCGGACAGUCAACCUUCAUCAAGACAUAUACGGUCAUUGCUUUGGGGUACCCGUGCACUGCCGAGCCCCAGUCCGUGAUGGAGGAGCUGUAUCGCGCCGCAGACCGGCUCACCAGAGCAUUUCCCUAUCUCGCAGGCCAUGUGGUCCGCCGAGGUGCCGGUCCGGGCAAGACUGGACUGGCCACGGUGAUGCCGUAUCCUCCAAGCGCAAGGACGAGCCUCGUCAUCUUCAAAGACUGCACACAACUAUGCCAGCCUUUCGAAACGAUUAUGAAGCGAGGAGCUCCUAUGGAGAUGCUUGACGGACACUUGCUUUCUGUUCACAGGCCUUUGCCUGAUCUAUACGACGAAUCAGAAAAGCCUGCCCCUGUGGUAGAGAUCCAGGCCAAUUUUGUUCAUGGGGGUGUGAUUCUUGCGUUCCAGGGUAAUCACACCAUCAUGGAUAUGAACGGGCUAGGCCAAGUGAUUCGGUUAUACGCAAAAGCUCUCCGCACUGAAAUUUUCUCAGAUGACGAGGUUGAGCAGGGCAAUCUAGAUCGGCGAGACAUAGUGAAAUUACUUGGGCCAGACGAUGAAAAGGUUGAUAUGAGCAGUAAGGAGAAGGAGGUACAACAGCCCCCUUCGCAGCCCCAGACACCAGCUGUUGUUGCACAGUGGGUAGACUUACACUUCCCUGCCGAUAAACUUGUGGAACUCAAAGAGCUCGCUUCAAGACCACCACCAGGCGAUCAGUGCAACGACAAGACAGCACAAUGGGUGUCGACAGACGAUGCGCUCACCGCCUUCCUCUGCGCAAGAAUCACAGCAGCACGGCUAAAGCGCAUGCACAGGAUGGCACCCAAGGCCAUCUUUUGCCGCGCGGUCAAUGGUAGACGCUUCCUGGGAAUUCCCGCCGGCUACAUGGGCCAUCUCGUCUGGUGCGUCAGCAGCGAAGUCCUGAUGGAGUCCGUGGCCACCAUUACAGAUAACUUUGGCAGCCUGGCGCGCCAGAUGCGCGCAGAUCUGGAUGCAAUUCGCCCAGUGGAGAUCCAGUCUUUUGCCACGGCCCUCGCUGCUUCAGAGGAUAAAGGGGCGCUGUCGCAGGGCGCUGGGAUGGACACGGCGGAUGGCUUUGAUCUGAUGCUGUCAAGCUGGUCUGGGCUCGGUUUCAGUGACAUCGUCUUUGGCAGAUUGGGCAGGUCGGUCUUUACAAGAAGACCUAAAUUUGCACCUAUUGAAGGGCUUCUUUAUCUCAUGCCGAAGAGUGUGGAGGGGAAUGUGGAUGUAGCGUGUUGUCUUAGGUCAGAGGAUGUUUACAGACUCAGAAGCGAUGAGGAGUUUGCCAAGUAUGUUACGUGCUUAGGAUGA